CCGCUCCUCCCUCGCAGCGGUGGCACCGAGGGAGUGGGGGGUGUGGUGGGGGGGAUGGGGAGGGGGAGGCUGUGCGUUCCCGUCGUCGUCCCCGGUCGACCAGGGAAGAUGGCCCGGGCUGGGGGAGUCGCUCCCGCGCCCCGCCGCCUCCUCCCUUGAGCCUAGCGGGAGAGAGAGACCUCCUCCCCUUUCCCCUCCCGCCGCACGGAUGGCUCCGUGGCCUCACGGGAACAGCUCUGCGGCCCCGUGGCCUGACACCCCCACCCUGGCACCCAAUACCGCUAACACGAGUGGGCUGCCGGGGGUGCCGUGGGCGGCGGCGCUGGCCGGGGCGCUGCUGGCGCUGGCCACGGUGGGAGGCAACCUGCUGGUAAUCGUGGCCAUCGCCUGCACGCCGAGACUGCAGACCAUGACCAACGUGUUCGUGACUUCGCUGGCUGCAGCCGACCUGGUGGUGGGACUCCUGGUAGUGCCGCCGGGGGCCACCUUGGCGCUGACCGGCCACUGGCCCCUGGGCGCCACUGGCUGCGAGCUGUGGACUUCAGUGGAUGUGCUGUGCGUGACGGCCAGCAUCGAGACCCUGUGCGCCCUGGCCGUGGACCGCUACGUGGCCGUGACCAACCCACUGCGUUACGGCGCGCUGGUCACCAAGCGCCGCGCCCGGGCGGCCGUGCUCCUGGUGUGGCUCGUGUCCGCCGCGGUGUCCUUUGCGCCCAUCAUGAGCCAGUGGUGGCGCGUAGGGGCGGACGCCGAGGCUCAGCGCUGUCACUCCAACCCGCGCUGCUGCGCCUUCGCCUCCAACUUGCCCUACGCGCUGCUCUCCUCCUCCGUGUCUUUUUACCUUCCGCUCCUGGUGAUGCUCUUCGUCUACGCGCGGGUCUUCGUCGUGGCCACACGCCAGCUGCGCCUGCUGCGCGGGGAGCUGGGCCGCUUCCCGCUGGAGGAGCCGUCGCCCGCGCUCUCGCGCGCCCAGGCGCUCGCCGCCGCGGGGCCGUGCGCUGCGCCCGCCUGCAGUCGGAGGCCCGCGCGCCUGCUGCCUCUCCGGGAGCACCGCGCCCUGCUCACGCUGGGGCUCAUUAUGGGCACCUUCACCCUCUGCUGGUUGCCUUUCUUUCUGGCGAACGUGCUGCGCGCCCUCGGUGGCCCCUCGCUGGUUCCCAGCCCGGCCCUGCUCGCCCUCAACUGGCUGGGCUAUGCCAACUCUGCCUUCAACCCGCUCAUCUACUGCCGCAGCCCGGACUUUCGCCGCGCCUUCCGCCGUCUUCUGUGCGGCUGCCGGGGCACCGAGCCCCGGCCGCCGCCUCCCGGGCGCCCGAGCCCUCGCGCGCCCGUGCGGCCGGGACCAGCCCCGCCGAGUCCAGGCCGCGCCCGCCGCUCCACAGGUUUGGUGGCUACGAAGGUGACACGACGCACUUGCGGUGUGAAAGCUGAGCCCAGCCGGCGGGGAGGAACGGGCUUCCUGGGGGAGUCCUAGGACGCAAAGCCCGAGCCAGCUACAUGGAUCCAGAGCCGUGGACAGCCUGGAUCCCCUGUGUGGAAGGAGCCGUGGAGGCCCCAGGCUAUGCGGCUCUGCACUCCAGAUCUUCAGGCCUGGGACGGGGACCAGCCGGGAUCCUUCCCCGGUGGGUUCACCCCCCCCCAGGAACCGCACCCCUGAACUUCACUACUACCUCGGCAGCUGGGUUCCAGGCCUCCUGUCUCUCAGCAGGGCACCCUGCACCUCGGUUGCUUGGGUGCUGGGUGCUAAGGGCCCCAGGGCCCCGGCCUCUGCUGCCCCAACUGUGGAGACCCACCCCUGAUCUCCCGGCUCUGGGGCCCAGCCUGAGAGCAGGAGGCCAAAGCUGGGUUUGGGUUUUUUGGUCCCUGAGCAGCAGGUGCUCUCGGCUGAGACACAGCACGGCUCUGAUCUACCUCACAGCGGUGUCAGAAGGAUUUCUGCAGGGUGUUGGGGGAGGGGCCUCCGGGGGGUUCACAGGAAGAUGAACCUUGAUAAGAGACCCCUUCACUUCCUUUGAAAAACGGAAUCAAUAAAAGUUACUGAGUGCUGCUGGGA